AUUGAAUGAAAUGGAAACUACUGACAUCUUUAGGAAUAAUUAGGAGUUACUUAUAAUAAUGAAAUAUAUCGGUUAAGGCUGGCGACUGAAUCGCGUUUGUUGUACGUAAUUCGUUUUAAGAGGAAAUCAAUCAUUUUGACAAAUGGAUAUCGGUGAAUUACUCUCGUACAAACCACCGAACACACCUAAAAGACCUGUAGCAGGAGAAGAAGAUGACGAGGAUGAGUGGGAAAAUGCCAAAAAACCAAAGAGAGUGAUUAAAACUCCAUAUCAUGCACGUCAAAGACAGCCUAGAGAAAUUGAAGUAACUCCGGUUAGAAGCAAUGAACCACCUACACCUAUCAGAGCUGCUUUACCUUCUCCAGCGAAUGAUGUAGUUGAACCACAGUUGACAGAAAAGGAAAAGCAGGAUAUUUUAAAAUAUGUAGAAACUGAAGCUCCUGAAGUAGAGGCAUUGGAUGAAGCAACACUUAAAAGAAUGGUUCUCUUAUUUGAAAAGAGAGCACUUAGGAAUCAAGAAAUGAGGGUGAAAUUUCCUGAUCAACCAGAGAAAUUUAUGGAAUCAGAAGUGGAAUUGCACGAGACUCUUCAGGAACUUCAUGUUGUUGCUACCAAUCCAGAUCUCUAUCCAUUAAUGGUAGAGCUAGGUGCUGUACCAUCUCUGCUUGAAUUAUUGUCACAUGAGAAUACAGACAUAGCAGUUGGGGUUGUGGAUCUUUUACAGGAGUUGACAGAUGUUGAUAUUUUACACGAAAGCCAAGAAGGUGCAGAUACAUUAAUUGAUGCUUUAUUAGAGCAACAAGUUUGUGCUCUUCUUGUGCAAAACUUAGAAAGACUGGAUGAAUCAGUAAAAGAAGAGAGUGAUGGAGUUUACAAUACUUUAGCUAUCUUUGAAAAUCUUUUGGAGUUCAGGCCAGAGCUAUGUGCUGAUGCAGGAAAACAAGGAUUAAUGCAAUGGCUGUUACGAAGAAUUAAAGCAAAAACACCAUUUGAUGCUAAUAAACUUUAUGCUAGUGAACUUUUAUCUAUUCUUUUACAAAACACACCAGAAAACAGGCUACUUCUUGGUGAACUUGAUGGAAUUGAUGUAUUACUGCAACAACUAGCAUAUUACAAAAGGCACGAUCCUCAAACGGCUGAGGAGCAGGAAAUGAUGGAAAAUUUAUUUAAUGUACUGUGUUCAAGCCUAAUGGCAACUGUAAACAGGGAUAGAUUUUUAAGGGGGGAGGGAUUACAACUUAUGAAUUUAAUGUUGCGAGAAAAGAAAAUGUCUAGGAAUGGGUCUCUUAAGGUAUUAGAUCACGCAAUGAAUGGCCCGGACGGAAAAGAUAACUGUAGUAAAUUUGUCGAUAUUCUCGGAUUAAGAACUAUAUUCCCGUUGUUCAUGAAAACUCCAACAAAAAAUCGAAAAAGAAUGCUUAGUGCAGAAGAACACGAAGAACAUGUAGUAUCAAUUAUAGCAAGUAUGUUAAGAAAUUGUAAAGGUCAACAGCGCCAGAGGCUAUUGAGUAAAUUCACGGAAAAUGAUUACGAAAAAGUAGAUCGAUUGAUGGAGCUUCAUUUUAAAUACCUCGAGAAAGUGGAGGAAGUGGAAAAAAAUACAAAGGAAGAUGAAGAUGAAGAAGACUCGUACCUGAGAAGAUUAGACGGUGGGUUGUUCAUCUUGCAAUUAGUAGAUUACGUAUUGUUAGAAGCAUGUACCGGUUGUCCACCUGCAGUGAAACAACGAGUAACACGAAUUUUAGCUCAAAGGAGAGCGUCGCUCAAAACUAUCAGACACAUCAUGAGAGAAUACGCGGGAAAUCUUGGCGAUGCUGGCGAUUCGGAAUGGAGGGAAGCGGAGCAACAACACAUAUUGCAAUUAAUCGACAAAUUUUGA